AUGAAAAUGUCUUGUUCUGAGGAGAGCUUCCGGUUGAAUGAUGCGGUAUCGGUGUGCUCGAUGAGGAGCAAAGCGAUGAUUGACGCCCUCUUUGAGGACACUCGAUCCGUCUGCAGUUCUACGUACUCAGGAUGGUAUGCGAGCGCUCGUGGGUGCUCGAUCAAUCAUGAGGACACCAGUACCGAUGGCAUUAAGAGGGCCAACUGUGCUGUCCAAGCCAGGAUCGAAGCCAUGUUUGCAUCGGUAGAGGCCGAAACUGGAAAAGCUGGUGAAUGUGCUGCGGCUGUACUUCCGGUGAAAUACUUGGGAGCAGCACCGGUAGGGGGUCGAGUCGCCAGCAUCCGCGGCCUCCAGGAGCCCCUGCGCCAGCUCCUGGAGCGCCUGGACACCGCCAUGUCAGCGGAACUCGAGAUCUCCCGCAGAGGCCUGACCUUCCGCACCUCCGAGAGCUUCGAGAAAACGAACCCCUUCCGUCGCAUCGCAGUCUGGAGCGCCCUGAAGCUCCGCUCCCGCUCGAAAACUCCCCAGAACCUCUCCGAGACCCACCACGCCUUCCUUCCCCUGGUCUCCGACGACCCGUCCCCCCAGUCCGACGACAAAUACUCCGACCUCUACCGAAGUAUGCGAGGGCUAGAAUCAAACGUCGGGAAAUAUCCCCCAGUUUUCGCAGUCAUCAUGAGACGUCCAGGUGCAGCUCGAGUCCUUGAAUGUCACGCAUUCGCGUGCAAAACAGAGGAGGACGCAGUGGCGGCAGCUGCCACCCUCUACCGAGCACUCCUGGCUGAUCUGGACUCGAAUCGUCGACGACCAAGACAAUCGAACGGACUGGGCUGCGCUAGUCUAGCGUCAGUGGCAUCAAGCUACAUGGACCACAACUCAGUCUUCAGUAAGAUGGACCACACCAACAUCCCACCGCGACCAUCGCCCUCCCACCCGAUUCGUCCCCCUAGAACCAAAAAAACGUCGACGUCUGGGUCGACCACCGACGGAAGUUCCUCCGUCAUCAAAAACAAAAUCCCCAGAAGAAAGAAGCUAUCCGAGAUUAGGCCUGAAGACAUCCUCGAGGCUAGAAAGCGAAGAACUUUGGCUGAAGACUCCAGAAGUGUCUUGCAAGAACUGAAAGACGACAGAUCAGUGGCUUCGGCAGCUGGGACCAACAGAAGCUCGAAGGGACGAACUUCCAGGAGUAGAAACGAAGAGAUCAACAACAUGAGGAACAAAUUGUACUCUGGAGAUAAUUCGGUGAUGAAGAGCAAUGAUGAGAACGUCAUCUACGUUGGAAAGAUGAACAGCUACGAGAGGACUCCGAGGAAACCGAAGACUUUUGUGUCAGAGAGGAACUACUCGUUCGUGGAGAAGAAUGGGAGCAUUGUUGGAGAGGUCGUGGUGACCACUGAGGCUCAGCUGUAUGACAAGAAUGUUAAACAAGGGUCCUUCGACCUCGGAAAAAGUUCAUCCAUUUUUUCUGGGGGGUCUCCUCAGGGGAAUGAUAAUGAAUCCAAGAGCUGUGAGAAUUCGAUAUAUGAGAGACCGAUUGAGAGGAAACGUAGCAGCAGGGAGAAAUCGUAUGAGGAACAUUUCAGAGAUGCUGAUAAAAUAUUCAGUAUCGGGCAGGAGGAGAUCCAAUCGUCAAAGAAGAAGCAUCAAGGGAGAGCCCAAACUCCUCAGAAUAAAAUUAACAUGUGCAAAAAUAGUAAUAAUAAGGAUGAGAGGGGGAAUGCUCGGGUUAGAGAUGGGAUGCAGAGUGUGGGGAGUCGGUACGAGAAUAAUAUACCUCAGAAUGACAGGAGUUCGAGGAUUGAUGAAUUCUCGAGGGGCUCUUGUGAUGACAAAAUGAAGGGCACUUGUGGGCAUGGAAGGGAGCGGAAGAAGAGGAAUAGGGCGGGGAGUGAGCCCCCUUUGAGCAGAACUGAGGAUGCUAGCAAGAAAUUGGAGAUCAAGCUGAAGAGGUCGCAGAGCGAUCUUGAGGAGAGGGGAGACCUGAUGACGAGAGUGGAGUUACCCAGGAGGGGGAGCUUUCUGAAGCCGGGAGCGCCUAGACUGCCUAACAAUGUCAAUGGGGGAACGCCGCUUGGGUUCACGGAGUUGUUUGAUGAAUUUCGGAAUCAGGAGGGACUGACUAGUGUUGAUGAUAUUUUAGCUACGAUUAUUGAUCCUGAAGGAAUGUCUUUCAAUGAGCUCAAACCCCUCUACAAAGAAUUUCUCUUAAAACUAGCAUCAACAUUAACCCAGGACGAACUUUAUCAACGUUCAGCAAACAUAAUGAAACGCCGGAGAAGACCGUCGCGAAGGCGAUCAAUGAGGAAACCGUGUCUCCUUGGCCGAGCGAUCAAAAGAUCAGUAUCUAAAAUCAAAAGUGGACCGACGGAGUUCACUUCUGUUAUUUUCCCAGCGAGAAAAUUCAAUGAGAAUUUCGAUAGCAGCUCCUCCUGCGAGGCCAGGAACAGUAGGAGAGUUUUGGCCAGUAGAUUGAGUAGGAGAAGAUCUUCCUGGAAGAGGACGAAGGGAUUGACUACUUCAGAGGACAGUGACACAGGCCGAAGAAUGGGCCGAAGUACCGGAGCAGGAGCGAACAGGAGUAGCAGUGGUUACGUAAGCUGCAGCGAAUGCAGUUACGACUCUGAAUCUUGCACCUGUAUAUCAGCGGACAAGUGUUACUGUUCAUUACCCAGAAGAUCACCGCCACAGGGUUCAAGCAACAAUGCAAUUGUCUGUGGUUGCGACACUGACAGCUGCUCAGAGAGCAACAAGUGUUACUGCGCUCGACAUACGAUUCAACCCAGUAUUAUGGAGCAAUUAAGACAACGUGGGAUUGUUCCAUCAGAGGGUACAUUGUCUAGAGGUAGAAGUCCCGAGAGAAACAAAGUAUCAAGAUCCUCCAAGGGUCAGACAUCGUCGAGGAGCCUCGAGUACACGAACAUAAGACCAUCACCGGGCAGAAGCAGUUCCGAUAAUUUAGCACUGGAUUACGAGCUCUUCAGUCCUGGAAAAAAAUCGCAGUGUUCUGCGGGGAGUGAAAAAGUGCUCGUGGUGAGCGCUAGAGACCCUCAGGGACGACUGGUAUACGUAGGGGGGGCUGAGAGGAAGAAGAAAUCAUCAUCCAGUGGAGCUCACAGGGCUGGAGCUCAUCAUGAGGCUUUAUCAAUAAAAAAAAGUGCUGAAAUCGCUGCUGUGUUUGGGGACUCGGCUGCCAGGGGUUGCAGGAGGGCCGGCAGCUUCUCCAGCAUGAGAAGCUCCAUCAGUCUAGAAGCUGGGCUUGGAUAUUUACCUUAAUCAUUUUAUUUAUUAUUACCAUCGUCAUUCAGUAGUGAAGAGGUCAGGGAGAAAAGGA